AUGAAGCUCAGCCUUGCUGCUACCGUUCUAUCCUCCCUCUCAGUUUUGCCUGCCGUCAUCGCAGCGCCAUCCCCCGAGCCCGAUUCUUCCGAGCAUUCUUCCGAGCUUGUCAAAAAGGACUGCCCCUCUCUCAUCGAGGGCUACUAUCUCGGAACAUGCAACGGCUUGUCCUGCAAGUGGCACGGCGUCAAUCUCGACUGUGAGAUUGGAAAAUGCGUCGGCAAGGGAGGUGGCGACGGAAGCUGCUGCCACGUCAAGGGCAGAGUCCAUUGCCCCAACGGUGGCUGGAUCGGCGGCCAGUGA